CUGAUGUGUAUGUGUUGGCUUAUAUCCGUACAUUCUUUCAUAUGUGAUAUUACUUCCAACUUGUUGUGUAAUUUCUUAAUAAAUGCAACGUUAAACUUUGUCAUUCUAAUUAUCUAUUACAGUCUUGACGGUUUCAUAUUUCCCUUACUUCAACAACGAUUACAUUAAGUACUAGUCUGACUUGAAAGAAACCCCAAAACACCUGCACAAUUAUAUCGGGGACAGAGCUCAAGUCACGGAAUUCGAUAUCAAAGGAUUGGUGAAACCCUCGGUGUGGGAAGACCACCUUCAAAACUGACUCAUUUUACUCAUGCACACUAUGCCUAAUUGUCGUACAUGAUAAAAAAAUCGAUAUAAAAGUGUUGUAGAUCCGGAAAUCUACUUCCCAUGCAUACAGUUGGACACCUGAAGGAAUUCAUUGUGAAGUUGUGGAGGGGUAAUAACAUCUGUCCACGCGGUCGCGGCGUGAUCACCAGUUGGCCUCAUGCCCUCUCCUAAGAAGGAACGUUGAGAUAUAGCGCGGACUUUCUACAGCUGCAGUGUACAAAUCUAUUGAAGUCAUCGCCAUGUGAGAGGAUUUGUGAAUUAUACAAAAAGGCAAAAAACACACAGAACAGUGCCUGUGGACAAAGCAUUCAGUUGAAUCAUUGCAGAAUAUCACUGCUUUAAAUUAAAAUAAAACAGUGAAACAAAAUAUAAUAAUAGUCACAUUUUUAACACAUUCCAUCGCAAGUGACAGCUGUGUUGAUGACUGGAAACAUACUUUUGAAAUGUGUACAGUUGGGCAACAGAAGUUCCUAGCGUCUGAAAACGGGUUUGAUAAACUUCUCUAGUGUCAAAAAGUUUUGUUGACGCGUAUUACGGCUACGGGUUACAUGGCAAUAAUAUCUGUAACACUCAGAAAUAUUCAGCUGAUUCUUUAUCAAAGAAAAAAUCAAAUUCAGAGACAAACAACACUAACAUUAAAAGCGUAGCGAUACGUUUAGUAGUACUCUAAGCAAUUGCUGUGAUAAGGACAGUAUUUUAGCAACCAAGAAAAACUGUUGUACAAUUUUUAAAUAUCGUGUUUGCAAAAAUGGCUAUUCUGCGGCAAGGCAAGACGUAUUGGAUUUUGGCUGUGAAGGAUUUCGAACUAUCCCUCCAAGUUCCUUCGCUGAACAGUGUACCCGGAGGUGUCAAGAUGGCUUGUGGCUCUGUUGUGUUGGCAUUCCUCCUUUGGACCUCACUUCAAUUUGGGGUAAAAUUCAGUCUGACAUCCCCCACUAACAUACAAGCUCUCAAUAUACCAGCCUUAUCCAGAACCUACAACAGCUACAAAACUUUCGCAAGUUGGCCAAUUCUGUACCAACAGCGAUCAGAACGUUCCAUUCAAAAAGCAACAAAGCUCUCAGGGCUGCCCCACGUUGAUGAUGAAUCAAUCAACUUGUCUGUGAAGUUCAGUGAGUCGAAUCUAGGCCGUGAAACUCGAAUGGAAAACAAUUUGAUCAGAUCAAACACCAAGGUUCGACAGGAAACCCCGCAACAUGGCCAACUAAUUGAAUCUUAUCCUUCUGCAGAGGCUCUGAGGCACGGCAAGAACGGACUCAUUGCGACCAAAGCGUCGCUCUACAUAUCACAUAAGCAUUGCCAAUGGUAUGGCGUUGAUGAUGAUGAGUGUGGGGCCUUUGUAAUGUCAAUGGAGAUGAAUACAACUUCGCUCGGAGACAAAUGUGCGGCUCAGUAUAGCAGCAGUGCGUCCUGCUCUGGCAAAUACCGCUCUAUUGAUGGAUCGUGCAACCACGAGAAUCACAAAGCUUGGGGCAAGGUCCACACCAGCUACCUCAGACUUUUGGAACCUCAGUAUGGUGACGGUAUUCAAGAACCACGCAAACCAGUGCGAGGAAAAUCUCUUCCUUCUGCUCGUCUUAUCAGUACGGGUAUGACAAAAGAAAGUGACUCAGAAGACACCAGCAAAACGCUAAGCUUAGUGCAGUGGACAGAAUUCAUUGAGCAUGAUCUUGUUUUCACUCCUGCCACGAGAAUGGUGCACAGUGGCAAUCCCAUUAUGUGCUGCAGACAAGAUGGAAGCUUCCUGGCACCACGCUACAUCCACCCAGCUUGCAUGCCAAUCAGUGUUCCCAAUAAUGACCCAUUCUACUCAAAGUAUCGUCAGCGUUGUAUGAACUACGUCCGUUCUCUGAUGGCCAUGAGGCCUGAUUGUCAUUUUGGUCCUGCGGAGCAAAUGAACCAAGCAACGCACCACCUUGAUGGCUCCAUGAUCUAUGGUUCAACUGUUGAAAAGGCAUGGGCUCUUAGAACAUUUGCAAAUGGUGGGCUUUCUGCAGAAUUGAAAAAUGGGCGUGAAUACCUGCCAAGAGCUGACAAACCUCUGCAACAGUGUCAAGUGUCUUCCAACACAUCUUCUUGCUACAAAGCUGGUGACCUGCGAGUGAACCUACAUCCUCAUCUAGCCAUCAUGCAUACGCUUUGGCUCCGUGAACAUAACCGCAUAGUUGAAAAGUUGGCACUCUUGAAUCCUCAUUGGGAUGACGACACAUUAUAUCAAGAGGCACGAAAGAUUGUAAUUGCUGAGAUUCAACAUAUUACUUAUGACGAAUGGUUGCCCCUCGUACUCGGUUCCAGAUACACAAAGAAACUUGGUUUGCGACUGAGGAAGACUGGAUUCAGCAGUGAUUUCACUGAAAGUCUGAAUCCCAGUGUGUCCAACAGCUUUGCCACAGCUGGUAUCCGUUUUAGGUUGUCCAUGAUGGUUGGAAACAUCGGGCUGUAUGAUGAAAAUCGUAACACAAACAAAAGUCUCCAGUUGAGGAAUAAUUUUAACCAUCCAGAAGCAAUCGAGGAAUCAGAAAACCUAGAUUCCUUGGUUCGUGGCCUUGCUACGCAAACAAGUCAGAAGAGUGACUUAUAUUAUGAAAAUGAUUUGAUACAAAUGCUCUACAAGGAUGAUGGUCGGUUUGGAAUGGAUGCAUUGAGUUUGGAUGUUCAGCGAGGACGGGAUCACGGGUUGCCAGGAUACAACCACUAUAGAAAACUUUGUGGUCUUCCUCCAGGAAGGAGCUUUGACGGUUUCCUAGACGUCAUGUCUAAGUCUACGGUAGCCAAGCUAAAGAGUCUGUAUGCCCAUCCAGAUGAUGUGGACCUCUUGGUUGGUGCCAUGUCUGAGCAUGUGACAGACGACAGUGUGCUUGGUUUUACAUUUCGCUGUAUUAUAGGAGAACAGAUGCUCAGAACCAAGAAGGGAGAUCGCUUCUUUUAUGAUGUGCCCAGCCAAGAAAAUUCUUUUACCGAAGCACAACUUGAUGAGAUAAGGAAGUCAACUCUGGCACGUGUCUUCUGUGAUAACGCAGACGACAUAAAAAUGAUGCAGCCAAAUGUGUUUGUCAGGCCCUCAAAAAGCAAUCAGUUGGUAUCAUGCAGCAGCACAGAUGAUAUUAAACAGCCAAGUCUUUCACCCUGGAAAGAAUUUCUGGUAAAAAGUUCAUGAUCAUUUCUGUUACUUUUCUCAUAAUUUCUGGUGACUGUAUAUCAUUAUAUCACGAAAGCUGUUUUACUACCUACUGAGCACCGUGUACUAUUAAGUCGAUACAAUGUGGACCACUACCAUCUUGGUACUUUGGGUGCAAACACCGCAAAUAACAAUUUCAAUAUAUAUGAAGUGAAUAAUUAAGUGCUCUUACAUAUUGGAAUGUAUUUGUACUUGAAAUAAUACUCAUUGUAAAGCUGGCAAACAUGUAUAUCUGUUUUGGAGUUCUGGGGACAUAUCAAAUUUGGUGACUUGCACAUCCCAUGGCAAAGAACGAAAACCACAAGCAAGCCUUGUUCACAGAGUCAUUUACGUUAAUUAUAAUUAAUAUUGGAAGUGAAAGACAACAUUACGAAAAGAGAAAACAGUUCAUUAAAUAAAGCGAAAUACUCUUGAAAUCACUGACAGACAACAAGGAAUUCUAAACAGAUGUAUAUUUGUGGAAAUUUUUCAUCUAUUAAAAAAAAAUACAAUUUGGAAGCUGGCUCUGCUUCUUUCAUUAGGAAAAGUGGUGCAGACUGAUAUUAGUUUUGUCCAACGGACCCGAUUGAUUUGGUUUAUAGUUUCAUAGUUUCACUUCUUGAUGGCAGCAGAGUCAGAAGAAUGACAGAAAUGGACAUGUAGUUGGGACAAAUAUGCCAAACAAUAAGACUGUGUAAAUCUAUUAAUCUUUAUGUAAAGUGCCUAUGUUGAUGUAACUUGACGUAUUCUCGACAAAAUGUCGAGCGUUAAAAUAUCAAACUGUAAAGGGGCUUACACACAUUGUGAUACUAUUUGUGUUUCAUGAUGCACGUUGUAAUGUGUAUAGAAACGUAUCAGCGAAAGGUAGUAGUGAUACAUAGCAACUCAUCUUUCUGCAUCAGUGGUUGUACACUUCGCUUAAACUGAUACGACUAUCGUUAAGUUGCAUCACCACAUGUUUGAAUGUGUAUAAGCCCCUUAAAUGGCCGUAAACAUUUAAUGCAAUGCAAAUAGAAUGUAAUGUGAUUGUAUUUAUUAUUAAGUGGUAAUUGUAGCUCGUAGUGCUUAAAUGUGCAGAGUAUUCUUACAGCCUCUAUUUUGGAUUACUUCCAGAGUGUAGAUAUAAACCAAAGCCAAUUAAAAUAAAUAUUCUUUUAUGAAAUGUGCCAUGUACCAACUUUCAGAAAUUUAGAUUAUUAUAUCAUGUCUCAAGACUCAGGGUUUGUAAUUUAAUAAAUUUAUUUGUAGGCUGAGGUUAGGAACUUAGAAUGUGGUUCAGUAGAAGACAAUAUUUUUAAAAGAAAUUAAUAGAUCUGUGUGUAUUACAGUCUAGUUUUCUUAAUCUUUGAUGUGUUAAUCAUAAUUAUUGCAUAAGCGCAUAUACCUGUAUGAGGUUUAUAACAACAGGAAAAAUGAUGAAGUUUACAAUGAACAGGUAUUGUGAUAAAUAAAAUCGUCAUGAAACUUUAACUACAUUUACCACAAAUGGUGGCGCAAGAUUAUUUUACGUGACCAAGAUGAACAGUGUCUUACGUGAAUUACUACUGAGUGAGAAAUUUUGUACAUAAUUUAGGAAUGGCAUUUCCACAAAAGAAAAACAUAAAAUGGACCAAUUUUAACUUCUGGUAUUCUGUAUAAGAUACCUUUCAUAUCAAUAGUGUUUUAUAUUUGGAUAUUUUCUUCUGCCCUCCACAGAUUAGGCUCAAGCCUGUUCCAACUUUAUAACCAUCACUUAAAUUGUUCAUAUAUCUGUAUCAAUCUCUCACUCAUUAAUAAUUUUGUUUUAUUGUACUUGAAAAUUCAGUCUUAUGAAUGAAUCUAUUUAUACACUGCCAUAAAACAUGUCACUGUUGUAUAUACCCAUUGUAACAACAAUUUUAUUGUACUUAUUUGCCUUACAUUCAUUGUUUUAUAACCAUUUUCAUACCCUUUUAAAUAAAAAAAUUAUCUAUUUUCACAAA